GAACAUUGACGUCUGCUUCUCUCCAUUUAUCAAAAGCAUUUUUGCAAGACUUCCAUCGGCAGACCGCACCUAUAGCGGUCUUAAUCCCAAAAACGAACAAAAGCCAGAAAAAGUAUUCAGAAGAAACAAGACCCAGAUCAACACGACGUGGUAGAAUAGAGAGGCAGGAGAGGCAGGAGUUGAGCUUUUAUCAAGCACAUCAACAAAAACGAUGUCGACGCCUUUGGAUGUGAUCGUUGGAGCGUUUGAGGAGCUGGCAAAGUUGCUGAAUUGUGAAGGCAAUAGGGAGCUCCGGUUGGAUACUUUCUGCGAUGCUUGUUCUUUGGUUUCUGUUUUAUUUAGUUGUCUUGGACUCGCUUUCAAAUUCGCUGAGAUGGAGUACGUCGCCAAGGUACAAAAUCUUAUACAGGCAUCAAAAACAUAUGAAACUCUACAUGAGAUAUUGGAUAAGGAUAUCGCAAAUAACAAUGUGAAAACACCAGGAAGUAAUUCACGAAAUCUUCGACGAGUUAGGCAGGGUCUUGAUCUCAUCAGAGCUUUAUUUGAAAAUUUUUUGGCAACAAAUGAUGACUCCUUGAAGGAGGCAGCAUCAACAGCUUAUGCGCAAGUUUGUGCACCCUAUCACUCAUGGACAGUCAGGACUGCAGCGUAUGCCGGAAUGUACACUCUUCCCUUCAGGGAUCAACUUUUGCUGAGGCUGAAUGAAACUGAUGAAUCAGCAGAGAAGAAAAUGAAAAGAUACGUUGAUGCUUCAAUUCCGGUUAUACAGUACAUCGAUAAGCUUUACAUUUCUAGGAAUAUCAAGUUGGACUGGUGACUUCAUUUCUUGCACAAAAACAUUAGAUAAUCUUGCUCUUCCAGGACAUUUGAAUACAUAAAGAAAUCUCUGCUUCAAAUUUCUUUCAUUCAGCAGCAUUUACAUCACUGAUCUUUGUAAUUGUAGUAUAUAUUUUGUAAGGUCCAAUCAGCUGCUUCCCAGAAUUUCCAGGCAGACAGCAGAUGCUGGAAUAAAUGUUAUAGUAUCUAUGACGACCGUAGGAGAUAAAUCAGGCUGCUUGUAAGCAUUUGUCUUCAUUCUUUCUAUUGAUUAUUAUCAAUACAUAAAGCUAUUACUGAAA